AUGUCCUCUUCCAACCAGUCCAGAGAUGCCUCCAUUUUUUUCCUAAUGGGGAUUCCAGGCCUGGAGGGUGCUCACUUCUGGAUUGGCUUCCCCUUCUGCUCCAUGUAUCUGGUUGCUUUGGUGGGGAACAUCACCAUCCUCUUUGUGGUCAGGAGGGAGCCCAGCCUUCACUUGCCCAUGUAUUAUUUCCUUUGCAUGUUAGCCAUCCUUGACUUGGUGCUGUCCACCUCCACAGUGCCCAAGAUCCUUGGCAUCUUCUGGUUCCACUCCCACACAAUUGGCUUCAAAGCCUGCAUGACCCAGAUGUUCUUCAUUCAUGGUUUCUCAGCUGUGGAGUCAGGCGUGCUGCUCGCCAUGGCCUUUGACCGCUAUGUGGCAAUCUGUGCCCCUCUGCGCUACACCACCAUCCUCACCAGUUCCGUCAUUGCCAAGAUUGGAUGUGCAGCCUUCAUGAGGGGCAUUGGGUUCAUGACCCCUCUGACCUGCAUGGUUAGCCACCUCCCUUAUUGUGGGCCCAACAUCAUUACACAUUCCUACUGCGAGCACAUGGCUGUGGUAAAGCUGGCCUGUGCAGAUACGACACCCAACAACAUCUAUGGGAUCACUGCCGCCACCUUUGUGGUGGGCUCAGAUUCAGUCUUCAUUGCAGUCUCCUAUGUGCUCAUUCUCAGGGCAGUCCGGGGGCUCUCUUCUAAGGAGGCCCAGCAGAAGUCCUUCGGCACAUGUGGCUCCCACAUCUGUGUCAUCCUGAUCUUCUACACGCCUGCCCUUUUCUCCUUUUACACACAGCGCUGGGGACACAAUAUCCCUGCACACAUCCACAUCUUCUUGGCUGACCUUUAUCUCCUGGUGCCCCCCAUGCUGAACCCCAUCAUCUACGGCAUGAAAACCAAGCAACUCCGCCAGCAAGUGCUGAAGCCAUUCUUUGCAGCCCACUCUGAGUCUUGA